AUGCUCAAACUGGUUCGGGAAAAUACCCCGUUCGAUCAGAUCCGUGGCUUUAUCAACCAUGCGCUGGGCCGCGUACGGGCCCAGUCAGACGACGAGGGCUCCGUUCGCAGACUACAGACCAUCCAGCAUAGCAUGGAGACGUACAGCCGAGUGCCGCCGUUUCGGCCAAAGAUCAUGGAUCUCCGGCUGCUAAGUCGCCAUGCGCCCUACCGGGUCCCGGCAAGUCCCUGGACGAGCGUGACCGACGACGACGACUUGGUGUCUCACCUGGUCUCACUGUAUUUCACCUGGGACUAUCCAUUCUAUGCUUUUCUCGACCGCCACGUGUUGGUCAAACAUCUCGUCGUGGGCAACGUUUCUUCCGACUUCUGCAACCCAUUCCUGGUCAAUGCUCUACUGGCGAAUGCUUGCGUACGAACCCUUGGCCCCCCGGCAAGAAACUUCGUUAACACAUUUCCCGGCUUGAUAGCACUAUUCACAAUACUACUCAGAAGCAUAUGUGGUCCCCGGUGA